AUGACUCGGAUAAUAUUGCGAGGCUUGGUUUCUGACGAGUUUAUCAGAUACGACCACAUCAUCUGUUCAAUGAAGGGGACAGUUAGCGGAGUCUGUACCGCUACUGUCACUGGCAAGGCUGCUACUUUCCCGGGCACCACUCAGAUCACAUCAUUGCCUGUUACCAUGACCGCUGGCGCUUCGAUUUCCAGUAGCGACGCAACCCCUACGAAGAGUGAAUCGAGCUCAAGAACCUCAGGCACAAACUGUUCUAGCCCUAGUAGCGCCAGGAGUGGGGUACCACUCGGGCGACACGGUCCCCGAAGCUGGCAGUAG